CAGUAAUGUAAGCCUUCACUUGGCGUGGCUUUCAUUUGGUAAUUUGUUUCUCUCUCCUUUCUCAAAGUCCAACUAGCAGAAGGAUUGUUAAUGAUUGCGAUCGCGUGCUCAAUCCUUCGUGUUCCGAAUUCACUACCACCUCAUCUAUAUAGGUAUCUCCCGCGCAUCGAAGACGAACAUCACAUUCGCACUUUAAUUAUAUCUACAUGGCAUCAUAAGACCUAUCAUAUUGUUAAAUGCAUCAACAUAUGUACAUGUGUCUACGACCUCCAUGACCCUUUGGAAUUCAAAACAAAACUCACAUAAUCGAUCACAUAAUCAACCUCCACAUCGUUCGGAUUUCAGUUGCAUAGGUGGGAUAUAGCUAAGAUAAAAGGCGUUUGAAGGACGAGAUCUUUGAAGUUAGUCCAAGAACGACGGCGCAAUCAGUUCAAAUCGGCGCGAUGAGUGCGUCAACGGAUUCUGCUACAAUGCAGGCACAUCUUCAGAGUGUAUCGCUGGAAAGAACAAUCACAGGCACAAGUGCAACUGCCAGCACUCGUAGCAAGAACUUGGGAUUUAGAGCCGGAGUGGGCUUAGAGAAUGUAGCGCGCAGGACUCUGGGGAUGGUGUUAUUGGGAGUUACAGUGAUGUUGUGGACGAGUAGUAAUUUUCUUGCUAGUUACAUAUUCGCCGAUAAUACCUAUUCGAAACCAUAUUUUGUUACAUAUAUCAACACAUCAUUUUUUGCUAUAUCGUUGAUCCCUAUAUUUCUACGAAUAUCGAGAGAGCAUGGCUGGUCGCAUGUGAAGGAUUCAGCUGUGGACUACUAUCAUGACCAAUUAUCAGAAUACCGCACCGGACUUCAGAAUCUCCGCAAAGGAUGGCAUCGCCGAGGAUCCAGUCGAGAAGAUCAAGAGUACGAUUCUAUGAGCGCUUCUCAUUCCCGUCUCCUCAGCUCUACCGACGACCUUGACACAGAUCUUCCGCAGCCACAGGAACAAGAGAAGGAAGACAGAUUAAGUGUAUCCGAGACCGCAAAACUCUCUCUCGAGUUCUCUCUUCUUUGGUUCAUAGCCAAUUAUCUCGUAGCCGGCUGUCUCGAAUACACAUCCGUAGCCUCGUCCACAAUCCUGACCUCCACUUCUUCAAUCUUCACCCUCCUCUUUGGAGCGCUUGUUCGUGUCGAAUCUUUCACCGUCCGCAAACUCCUCGGUGUCCUAGCUUCCUUCGUAGGCAUCAUCCUCAUUUCCUCUGUCGAUCUAGGGAGUACGGAUAAUGACUCAAACCGUGGGAACUUUCCCCACAAAUCCCAAGCGCAAAUUGCGAUUGGCGAUAUCAUGGCUUUUGGAAGCGCGGUGAUGUAUGGGCUGUAUGCAGUAGUGAUGAAAAAGCGCUGCGGCAACGAAGAUCGGGUCGAUAUGCCGCUAUUCUUUGGGCUCGUUGGAUUCUUCAAUGUUGUUUUUCUCUGGCCCGGUUUCUUCAUUUUGCAUUUCAGCGGCGUGGAAACAUUCGAGCUACCUCCCACUGGCAAAAUCUGGCUCAUAGUAUUACUGAACUCCUUAAGCAGUUUUAUAAGCGACUAUUGCUGGGCGUAUGCGAUGUUGUUGACAACGCCAUUGGUAGUGACUGUAGGCUUGAGUAUGACGAUCCCGUUGAGUUUGGUGGGCCAGAUGUGGCUGAAUGAUCAGACAAGCACUGCAGUCUAUUGGGUGGGUGCAUUGGUUGUGGUGGGAAGUUUUGUGUUUGUUAAUCAUGAGAGCAAGGAUGAGGAGAAGGGUGAGCCAGGAGAUGAAAGAAUCAUACCUAUCGUGAUCGUGGUGGAUCAUGAUGAGACAAGAGAUGAAGUGGUUUAGAUCUCUAGAGGCAAGGAAAAUAGACUUGGAGUUUAGUUUCGAAUUGGGAUGCAUACUAAUGUUCUUGUAGGGAUAUACUGGGGUCCACUUCA